AUAACUUAGUACAAGAGAGCAUGAAAAUAGCAGAGAGAAACAAAUGAGUUUAUUAUGUAUAACAAAUAGUCCAACUGUUGUGGUGUCUAUAAAGACACUUUAUAGGUGGAACCGAAAAGGAGCUAGUCAGUGUACUAAUGGAAUCACUUUAGGACUGUUUUACCCACGUCAGAUGCAAAUGAGGAUUCUUCAUGAGCCACACAAUUCACAAAAAUAUUAACCUCCUGCAAUUCCUACUUCAGUGAGAAACAUGGCUGGACAAAUAUUAAGGCAUAUUUUGGUACUUACAGUGGCUGUCCUGCUUGCCCAUGUGUGUGAGGCUGAAGCAAAUUUUUCCCCAGAAACAACAAAGGCUUUACAGUUCAGCUACAUGUAUUCAGAUGAACCAGUCCAUCACAUAAGACAAAGACGCGCAGAUUCAUACACAGACUAUACGGUUGAAAUUGAGAUAAAUGCAUCAAGCAUCUCUGUGAUUGAUGAAAUAAAGAAAGAGCUGGAGAAGAUUCAAAUCGCUUCCCCAGUUGCCAAUCUGACAUUAUUGGAAGCAAACUUCACGACAGUGUGCAGCUUCUUUGACACUGAAUACCAGUGCAGAUGUGAGGCGCAGCAUUUCUGGCCCUGUGACAUGUGUAAAUUAUAUAGAAGCUGUAACACUAGUAAUGACGCAUGCAGCUGCAUCGAUAAUAAACCAAGUGGACAGUUCUGCCAAAAGACAACUAACCCAGCAUGUACACAACCACCAACAGAUAUUAAUGAAUGUCUCAACUCAUCUUUGGUUUGUGGACCAAACGCAUAUUGUCACAAUUCCAAUGGAAGUUACUGGUGCUCUUGUUGGAGUGGAUAUAAUGCAACAGUCCCGAAUCUCACCAUCAGCAUCAAUAACACAUGCACAGAUAUUAAUGAAUGUCUCAACUCAUCUUUGGUUUGUGGACCAAACACAUAUUGUCACAAUUCCAAUGGAAGCUUCUCGUGCUCGUGUUGGAGUGGAUAUAAUGUCACAAAGAUGAAUGAAUCUGUCAGUAGCAGUAACCCAUGUACUGAUGUGAAUGAAUGUCAGGGGAAUCCAUCUGUUUGUGGUCCAAAUUCCAACUGCACAAAUGUAAAUGGAGGUUACAAUUGUUCAUGUUGGGAUGGAUUUACUGCAACAGUCCCGAAUCUCACCAUCAGCAUCAAUAACACAUGCACAGAUAUUAAUGAAUGUCUCAACUCAUCUUUGGUUUGUGGACCAAACGCAUAUUGUCACAAUUCCAAUGGAAGUUACUGGUGCUCUUGUUGGAGUGGAUAUAAUGCAACAGUCCCGAAUCUCACCAUCAGCAUCAAUAACACAUGCACAGAUAUUAAUGAAUGUCUCAACUCAUCUUUGGUUUGUGGACCAAACACAUAUUGUCACAAUUCCAAUGGAAGCUUCUCGUGCUCGUGUUGGAGUGGAUAUAAUGUCACAAAGAUGAAUGAAUCUGUCAGUAGCAGUAACCCAUGUACUGAUGUGAAUGAAUGUCAGGGGAAUCCAUCUGUUUGUGGUCCAAAUUCCAACUGCACAAAUGUAAAUGGAGGUUACAAUUGUUCAUGUUGGGAUGGAUUUACUGCAACAGUCCCGAAUCUCACCAUCAGCAUCAAUAACACAUGCACAGAUAUUAAUGAAUGUCUCAACUCAUCUUUGGUUUGUGGACCAAACGCAUAUUGUCACAAUUCCAAUGGAAGUUACUGGUGCUCUUGUUGGAGUGGAUAUAAUGCAACAGUCCCGAAUCUCACCAUCAGCAUCAAUAACACAUGCACAGAUAUUAAUGAAUGUCUCAACUCAUCUUUGGUUUGUGGACCAAACACAUAUUGUCACAAUUCCAAUGGAAGCUUCUCGUGCUCGUGUUGGAGUGGAUAUAAUGUCACAAAGAUGAAUGAAUCUGUCAGUAGCAGUAACCCAUGUACUGUAUACUCUACAGUAACACCGCCACAAACAGUAUCUUCUACAGUAACAACACCACAAACAGUAUAUUCUACAUUAAUACCACCACAAACAGUAUAUUCUACACUAACACCACCACAAAGAGUAUAUUCUACAGUAGCACCACCACAAGCAGCUAUUAAAAUGUCAAUGACAAUUGAUAAACCUUUCGAUACCAGUCUCACCAAACCUGAAGACAGUCAUUACAAAGAUUUUGCCAAACAAAUCCAGGAUGCAGUCGAACAAAGUUACAAAAGUCUGCCUAGCUACAAAACCGGUUCAGUAAAUGUCACUGGCUUCAGACCUGGAAGCACUAUAGCAGACUACACGAUUAUUGCAACCAACAGCAAUCUGGAUUUUACCUCAGCAAACAUAAAUCUUUACAACAUUCUCUUGAGUAAAGGAAUCACUGUUGCUGCCAAUGGUUUUGCUCAGACUGAACAAAAGCCCCUGAUCAGUACAUCAGGUAACUUAUAUCCUCAGCAAAAGUUGGAGCUGAAAUGUCCCCAGUCUGUUAACAGAACAAUAACAUGGAAAGUUAAUGAAAAAGAUCCAGACAGCACAAAAUAUACCAUUUCAGAAGACGGUGGCACACUUACGUUGAACAGUGCUGCUUACAGUGACCAUGGUAGAUACUCAUGCAUCAUGCAAACCGCUUCAAUACCUUACAUCCAGUGGCAAGAUAUUAGCAUCGAACAAGAACCCAGUAUCAGUGUGGGUGACAAUGAACGUGUUUUUCCAUGUGAUGGAAGGACUGUUCAGUUAACAUGCUAUGUUAAUGCAGACUACAGUGUCGAGUGGGUCCUGAAUGUCAAUGUGCAAACGUCAGAAAUCGGGUCAGAUUCCAUCACAGUUAAAUAUAUAGUACCAAAGGACAAUUGUAGCAAAGAAAUCUUAACCUGUCGACUAAAGGGUUUACCACAACUACUUGAUUACAGUUAUAGCACGAGGAGUGUCACGGUAAAGACGAGCACAGAAGAUUUCACCUGUCAAGAUAACACACUUGGAUUUGGAAAAACAAAUGAUAUGACUAAAGGACUGUGUGAGAAUGGCAAGGAAGGAAGCAUAACGUAUAAAUGCAAAUCAAAUGGUUGGGCAAUAGAACAGGAUGACUGUGUGCUCAAAGUUAUCAAAGAUCUUGAAAGCAAAUUGCAGGGUUUAGCUGUGACUGCUAUUCCACAGUUUAUGGCAGAACUCAGUAAUGCUGUUGAGCAGAAUAAUGCUAGUGUAACCCAAUCUGCUGCGACUGUCAAAACAAUUGUUGAGAUCCUCUCUAACAUUGCUGAUUUGUCAAAAAACAUAACCCACAAAAAACCUGUUAUGGAGAGUUUCUUAAACACAGUGGACAUCAUCGUGUCAGAUAAUUCCAGUAAAACUUGGAAUGAUUUGAACAAUAAAAACACGACAGGAAACACCAGCGUUAAACUUCUGGAAGCUAUUGAGAAUAUAAGCGAUCGACUUUCAGACGUGUUUGCAAUUAAUCUGUCAUCUAUUCAUUUGAAUAGAGUUACAAUAAAAAACUCAUUCAACCAAACAUCUCAACUACCAAGCUCAACGACUCAGAUUGUGAUACCAAAUAUUUCUAAACCAACCUUCAUAACUGUUAUAUUCUUUUCAAAGCUUAACGAUGUUCUACCUACUCGUAAUACCCCAAAUAAUGACAACAGGACAUCCCAAAACCGUAUUAAUGGAGACGUGGUUGUGGUUAAGGUUAAUGAAACAAUUAACAACAUUUCGUUUGGUUUUGACAUCACAAAUUCAUCAUUGGGAAAUCCUCAGUGUGUCUUUUGGAACUUUGAUCUCGACCGAUGGGAUUCAACUGGAUGUAAAGUCAAGAUAACCGGGAAUGAAACAGACAAGGUUACAUGUGAAUGCAUUCACACUACCUCUUUUUCUUUCCUGAUGUCACCGUUUGCAAUCACAGACCCUGUGAAACGCACAGCCUUAGCCUAUAUAACAUACAUCGGUGUUGCUAUUUCAAUGGCCAGCUUGGUUUUGUGUCUCAUUAUUGAGAUUAUUUUAUGGAAGUCAGUGACACGAAAUGACACGUCUUACAUGCGGCAUGUCUCAAUAGUCAACAUCGCUGUGUCUCUGCUGAUUGCAAACUUCUGUUUCAUCAUUGGAGCUGCAAUCGCAGAUCAAGACAUAAAACAAGAGCAGAUGAUCUCAGUGGGUCGCUGCAGUGCAGUGGUUUUCUUCAUGCACUUUUUUUACCUGGCUUUUUUCUUCUGGAUGCUCGUUUCAGCACUUUUGCUCUUUUACAGCACUGUCAUCGUCUUUGGUCAAAUGUCAAGAACUGAAAUGAUGGUCAUUGCCUUCACAGUUGGUUAUGGUGCACCUUUGCUCAUAGCAGUUAUUACUGUCGCGUUCACAGCUGGGCCUAAAAACUAUGUUUCAAAAGAAAAUGCAUGCUGGCUGAACUGGAAUCCGUCUCGGGCCCUGCUGGCAUUUGUGAUUCCAGCUCUGACUAUCGUUUUCAUAAACCUUGUGGUUUUGAUUGUGGUUGUGUGCAAGAUAUUAAAGAGAGGAGUUGGUGCUGUAACUCGACCAGGUGAAAGACAUAUCCUUAUAGUCAUCGCCCGAUGUGUGGCCUUCCUGACUCCUAUCUUUGGUCUAACAUGGGGAUUUGGCAUUGGAACCAUGGUGUCACGUGACUUUAGCCUUCAUGUGGUGUUUGCACUCCUAAAUUCACUGCAGGGAGUUUUUGUGUUGGUGUUUGGAAUACUUUUAGAUGGCAAGGUCCGUGAGACACUUGCAGGAAAGCUGUCACUGAGUAGCCUCGGUUCCAGUCCUACCAGGAGCACUAAUGCAGGAAUGUCAUCUUCAAGUGGACUGGGUAUCUUUGCAAGACUGCGCAGAAAUGUGUACAACAUAUCUAAUCCCAGCGCAGCUCGAUCUGCUAACAGCACCGGUGCUUCAGAGACCUUAAUGAAUCCCUAAUUUAUCAUGUUAUUAAAUACAACCAAUAUCAUUAUUCAAAACUAUUUAAUCUGUUACGAUGAUUAUUGUAAAAUGAGGUGUACAUUUUGUCAUUUAACAAACAAAUAAUUCUGUUGUCAGUGGUUAGUAAGCACUUUUAUUUAUUUCAUUUUAAUCAUACAUUAAAGUCAUAGCAAGUUAUAGCAACAGCAAAAACACAACCAUUAAACAGUUCACUAUUUGGGAAAAAGAAAACAAAUUGAACACACAUUGACCUCGGGUAAGCUAUCACAAUGGAACGAGUCAUUACUGCCAAAUAUUGUUUAAGCUAAAUGUUCUUUGGUUAGUUGUUUGUUUGACUGCUACAGCAAAAA